AUGAGAGCGAAUUCACUGCCUUCUGCAAGCAGACUUUCCAAUAUUCUUCUGCCAUUAUUGACGACUAUAACGACCUUCACGAGGACGUUAUGCUGUGGAGUAGCAUGCGAGCGGUUUCACUGCAGCUCAGAUAUGUUCCCUCCGCGAAUUGUAGAUCCAUAUCUUCGACGGAGUGCCACGUUCAACUCGCCGUGCUCAUGUCUUCCCGAUUGGAAUUCGAUGUUCUGCAACCAUACACAAACUGUUGCAACUGCACCAGGACAUAUUCUUCCAGUAAUGCCAACGAUAUGUAUAUGCAGAAAAUUUGAUGACAAUGGAAGUAAAUGUCACCAAUUCAUCACAAGGUGCUUCAAUCGGAAAAACAAGAAGUGCGUUUUGUUUGAAUUAUGUAUAUUUCGGUUCCGUUUGGUUCCGUUGAAAAGGUAUUUUGAAGUGAAAUAUUAUUUUUGA